GCGGGGGCAGUCGGCGGCCUCCGCCGCGGCCUAGAAGAGCGGGCGGCCUUAUCCUCAGAGCGCUGGGAGCGGCGCUGCCGGGGCCCACAAGAUGUCCACUCGGACGCCGCUGCCCACCGUCAACGAGCGGGACACGGAGAACCAUACCUCAGUGGAUGGAUACACUGAACCCCACGUCCAGCCUAUCAAGUCGAGUAGCAGACAAAACAUCCCCCGAUGUAGAAAUUCCAUUACGUCUACCAAUGAAGAGCAUCCUCACAUUGGAAACUAUCGCUUACUGAAAACAAUAGGCAAAGGAAAUUUUGCCAAAGUGAAACUGGCAAGGCAUGUGCUUACUGGAAGAGAGGUUGCUGUGAAAAUCAUAGAUAAAACCCAGCUAAAUCCUACUAGUCUGCAGAAGUUGUUUCGUGAAGUACGAAUAAUGAAGAUACUGAAUCAUCCCAAUAUUGUAAAAUUAUUUGAAGUUAUUGAAACUGAAAAGACAUUGUAUUUGGUAAUGGAAUAUGCCAGUGGGGGAGAAGUGUUUGACUAUCUAGUUGCACAUGGAAGAAUGAAAGAAAAAGAGGCUCGUGCAAAAAUUCAGGUAAAAGAGGUCAUGGCAGCUACUUGUACUAACAACCUUGUAACAGGACAGAAUUGA